GGAUCAGGGAUGACUCUGCUCUGGGCGCGCGGCGGUGACGCUGCCUGCAGAUGGAGUGACGCAUGCGCAGAAGCCCGGCUCCACGGCAACAUCAGAAGGAGCCGCCGGUGAGACGGGAGUCGUCGCUGCACUGACCGCCGCGCUGAAACGCCGUCUUUUCUCCACGAUGUCCGACUUCGACAGCAACCCUUUCGCCGACCCCGUGGACGUGAACCCCUUCCAGGAUGAUUCUGUCGCCCAGGCCACCAGUGGAACCACUGAGAGCAUUGGGAGCUAUAACCCAUUCUCCUCCACUGAAAUGACAAAGUACUCUGGAACCACCAUCCCUGUCUCUGCGGCGUCCUCCCAGCCCGCCGUUCUGCAGACUUCCGUAGAGCAGAGUCCACAAGCCACAGCAGCAGCGGCUCAGGCUAAACUGGAGAAGCAGCAGGAGGAGCUGGAGAGGAAAGCAGCCGAGCUGGAACGAAAGGAGCAGGAGAUGCAGAACAGAAAUGCCAGGAACACUGGAGGAGCUAAAGAAAACAACUGGCCGCCUUUCCCAAAGUUCUGCCCCGUGAACCCCUGCUUCUAUCAGGAUUUUGAGGAGGAGAUUUCCGAGGACUAUCGCCAAAUUUGCAAGAGAAUGUACUACCUUUGGAUGUACCACAGUGCCACUCUGUUCCUGAACGUGCUGGCCUGCCUAGCUUACUUCACAGCAGACGCCUCCUACGGUGUGGACUUUGGCCUGUCCAUCCUUUGGUUCAUGCUCUUCACCCCUGUGUCCUUCAUCUGCUGGUACAGGCCAGUCUACAAGGCCUUCAGGUCUGACAGCUCCUUCAGCUUCUUUUUCUUCUUUUUUGUCUUUUUCUUCCAAGUUGUAGUGUACGUUAUCCAAACAGUUGGGAUUCCCAAAUGGGGAAACAGUGGCUGGAUCUCUGCGAUCAGCAUGAUCAGGACAAACCUGGCAGUCGCUGUGGUUAUGAUGGUGGUGGCCGGCUUUUUCACUGUAAACGCCAUUCUGGCCAUCAUCCUGCUGAAAAUGGUCCAUAGUAAGUACAGGAGAACGGGUGCCAGCUUCACCAAAGCCCAGCAGGAGUUCUCCCAGGGAGUCCUGACCAACAGGACCUUCCAGGGCGCUGCAGCCAGUGCAGCCACCUCUGCUGCUCAGGGAGCCUUUGGCAGAGGUCAGGGAAACUAAACGACGGCUUCCUGCCCCACUGCAGUAUCACCUUUACCCAGCAUGCAACUGAAGCCGGUCCUGAACAGAGGUUAUCAGGGUAACCAAAGUCAAUGAUAUGAGAUGAACAAAACAUGUAUUCCCUUUUAAGAUUUUUUUUUAUAUGGAUUAUUUGUUGACCCUAAUUGUUCAUUAAAGUAGCUUCAUAAAAACCUUCAUAUUAAAAUGAUAUUUGUUUAGUUUAUUCAUUUAAAGUUUAAAAGAAACCCAAACUCACUUGGACAUGACUUUUUGCACACUCUGUAUGUAGGCUAUACAAAGUUUAAAUUUUUUAGAACUACUGUUACAUUGCAGUUUUUUUAAAUGUUUUUAACAUUUGUAAAUGUCUCUUUGUAGAAGGCAAUCCAAGAUUAUUGAAGGUGACGGGAUGAAGGUCUGUCUUUGCUGUAGUUGUUGUUUUUAUGAAGUGACACUGAAGGGGUUUGUUGCUUCUUUUUUUAAAAAUUAGAUUUGCUAUUAGCUAGUGGAGAAAAAUCAUGUUUGUCAUUUUAAGGAGUAUUUGCUGUGAUUACUAAGAGGUCCGUGAGAUUUAAUGGAAAUGCAAUGUUUGUCUUUUUAAAGGAGCAGGAAGAACAAUGAUAUAUAUAGGAAUGCUUCAGGCUUUUGUUACUACUUGCAGAUUUCAGGCAUUUUUAGUGUUUCACUGUAAACACAUGUCAAAGUGGAUCAAACUGUUGAAAUGGUAACUGAUCUUUAAGCAGGUAUUAAAGUGUGUAGUCAGUCUCUUUUAUAGAUUUUUAUUUUGGUGAAGUUUCUCUGUCUUGAUCUAAAUGUGUAUGAAGAUGUACAGAUUUGUAAUAUAUUUAAAUGUCUUUAGUGGAUGGGAAACUUGAUUUAUGUCCUAAUAAACUAUUUAAGAAAACCUGAA